AUGGAGCCAGCUUCUCCGCACCGAGAUAUCGGCCGCAGUUUUUUGGCGCUGCGAAAGCGACAUUUGCCUCUAUUGAAAGCGAGACGCCUCGCAUCGCUUUCGAUUAAGGACUUGGGCCGUGCCAGCAAGUUUAUCGGGAUGCGCGUGCAGCUAAGCGACGACGGAGGGUAUCGCCUGGACUGGGAUGAGGCGAUUGGCGGCCUCCUGUGGAGCAACGGGCUUACAGACGCGAAUGCGACGCUAACGCCGACCGUAGACGAUAUCAACGCUGAGCAGCCAAGCGACGCGGAGCUCGUUGGAUCAGCGAAUGCGCCUCCGGAACCGACAGUGCGUGCAUUUCAAUCUCUGGUCGCGACGCGGCAGACGCACGCUUCGCACGUGCUUGACUGGAGUUUGGCGAAGCGCAUUGCGCGCUAUCUGAAGGGGACUGCAACGCUGAAGCUCACGAUGAAGCCUUCUCGAGAUGACAAUGCAGCGCUGCGACAUGACGCGUUCAGUGACGCGACUUUGCGGGCGAUAGGGCAGACAGAAAGUCGGUGA